AUGGUGCUCACCAGUUUCUUGCCAGCUCCCACCCAGCUGUCCCUGGAUCAGCUGGAACCAGGAGAAAGAGCAGGAGCUCAGAGAUGCGGGCAGACUGCUCUGGUCUCCUCACAAAGGGAACCUCCCCCAUAUGGUUACCGGAAAGGAUGGAUACCACGGGCGCUAGAGGAUUUUGGAGAUGGGGGUGCCUUCCCAGAAAUUCACGUGGCCCAAUAUCCAUUGGAUAUGGGCCAAAAGAAGAAAAUUUCCAAUGCUUUGGCUCUUCAGGUGGAUGCAGAAGGAAAAAUAAAAUACGAUGCAAUUGCUCGACAAGGACAGUCAAAGGACAAGGUUAUUUACAGCAAGUACACAGAUCUUGUGCCAAAAGAGGUCGUGAACGUGGAUGAUCCAGAGCUGCAAAGACCAGAUGAGAAUGCAGUUCGAGAGAUAACAAAGAAGACAAGAGCAGCCUUGGAGGAAUUAGUCUCCCAAAAAGUUGCAGCAGCCAUGCCAGUUCGAGCUGCUGACAAGGCAGCUCCUGCACAGUACAUUCGGUACACACCAUCCCAGCAAGGAGCUGCGUUCAACUCUGGAGCAAGGCAGAGAGUUAUUCGGGUGGUGGAAAUGCAGAAGGACCCUCUGGAGCCUCAAAGAUUCAAAAGUAACAAGAAGAUUCCACGGGGACCACCGUCUCCUCCAGUACCUGUGAUGCACUCUCCAAGUAGAAAGAUAACUGUGAAAGAGCAGCAAGAGUGGAAAAUUCCUCCGUGCAUUUCAAACUGGAAAAACGUGAAGGGUUACACCGUUCCCUUGGAGAAGCGUCUGGCCGCAGACGGCAGAGGAUUGCAGGCUGUUCAUAUUAAUGAAAACUUUGCCAAACUUGCUGAGGCGCUCUAUAUUGCUGACAGAAAGGCUCGUGAGGCAAUAGAGGUGCGUGCCCAGGUGGAGAGGAAGAUGGCUCAGAAAGAGAAGGAGAAACACGAGGAAAAGCUCCGAGAAAUGGCUCAGAAAGCCAGGGAGAGAAGAGCAGGGAUCAAAACCUGUGCUGAAAGAGAGGAUGGAGAAGCUAGAGCGAGAGACGAAAUCAGACAUGACCGGCGCCAAGAGAGACAGCACGACAGGAAUCUUUCCCGGGCAGCUCCUGAGAAGAGGUCAAAGCUGCAGAGAAAUGGGAACAGAGAUAUCAGUGAAGUUAUUGCCCUGGGGGUACCCAGCCGCAGGCCAGCCAGUGAAAUCCAAUAUGACCAGAGGCUCUUCAACCAGAGCAAGGGUAUGGACAGUGGCUUUGCGGGAGGAGAGGAUGAAGUUUAUAAUGUUUAUGACCAGCCAUGGAGAAGUGGCAAGGAUAUGGCCCAAAACAUCUACAGGCCAAGUAAGAAUAUGGAUAAGGACGUGUAUGGAGAUGAUCUAGAGGCUCGAAUAAAGACCAACAGGUUUGUUCCUGACAAAGAAUUUUCUAACUUGGAUCAUGACAGCAGAGGCAGGAGCAGAGAUGGACCAGUUCAGUUUGAGGAGGAUCCGUUUGGUUUGGACAAGUUUCUGCAAGAAGCUAAGCAACACGGUGGUUCCAAACGGCCAUCAGACAGCAGCUGCCCUAAGGGACACGAGCAUCAGAGCAAAAAGAUGAGGAAGGACUGA